AUGUCCACCUUUACAGCCUUGAACGGAGGCUCUCCCAAGGCAACUGGACCACCUACGGAGAGCUCAGAGAGGACAUUUUCCUCGGAUGAACGAGCGCCGGCGCCAAGCAAAACUUAUCGACACAAGUCACCAGAAAUUCAUUCCAGUCGCAGUGACGCCUGGAAGGCACGUACCACGGAUCGCCAACCCCUUCCGACAAUCAAGUAUUCGGAAGGGGACGGCCAGCACAAGCGCAAGCGGUCGAGCUCCGCCGAGCUCAGACGCGACGGCAGAGCUCACGAGUGUACUCCAGAGGAAUCAUCCGGUGGAUCUCACAAUGAGUCUCGGGAGGCGUGCGAUACGCCUCAGCGGGAAAGCAGACACUACAGCGACGAUCAAACAGAGAAGGACACCUCAUGGAAAAGCCAAGAGCCGUCACGGGAAGAGAGAAACGGAUAUGGUUCACGGCAAAAUUCGGCAACGUCUCCACGUGGGCAGACUGAAGAACAGAUUGGCGAUGCUCUCCGGAAAGCCACUGCUCAGGUGGAUCACAGUGACUACGGCAACACCAGCCCCGAUGCAGAAGACCGGUCCGGCGGCACGUAUGGAAGUCCUUAUGGCACUGAGCACAGAUCGGAGUCCGUUGUCCAACAUGACCCCAAAAAGCGGAAGAGAAACUUCAGCAAUCGAACUAAAACUGGUUGUCUGACAUGUCGCAAAAGAAAGAAGAAGUGCGAUGAGCAGAAGCCUGAAUGCAGCAAUUGUAUCCGGGGAGGAUUCCUUUGCGCGGGAUACCCACCACAGCGGGGGACCGGAUGGCCAAAACAAGACGCGAAAACACCUGCUGUGCCCCUCGAGUCAAAGGACCCGUCGUAUGUUCCUCCUGGAGCGUACGGCAUGCCGCAGCAUGGCACAUAUGGGCCGCAACCCGUAAAACGGGAGCCGCUUCCCCAUUAUCGUGGCCAGAUCCUUCGCAUAGACCCCCCUCAGAGCCGGCCUCUGGUGGCCACGGAGGACGACCGACCAACAGCACCGGCAAUACCAACAAUGACAAGCGCGUCUGCCACAAGCCCAGAGAAUAAAUUAUCUGCACUUGCGUAUACUCCUGGCAAUGUCUUUCCCACACCGGUCAGCGCUAACACGCAACCUGCCCCGUUCGGAGAAAGGAUGCCCAAAGAAUACCAACGAGUACCACCGUUGCAUGAUCUCAACAGAGGAAAUGAACCGGAGACGCCGCAUCCGGGCAACCAUCUACCGCAGAUCAAUAUUCUACACCCAACCCGUACGAGUAGUCCAACGCCACAUCCUCAGCAGUCUUCGUCAAGCGCCCAGGUUGCUGCGCAGUUGGCCUUGUCCCACUCACAGUAUCCCCAGCGGAGAACUCAGAAGGAAGAGAUGCUGUCUGGACGGCACUACUAUCCCUUUGACAAGGAGCUGUGCCUAGAACGAGAACGCUGUGCAGCCGCGUGUUGGCGGUUCAACAACCUGACCACACCACCAACAAAUGGUGUAUCGCCCGACGAACGAGCGCGCCUCUUUUUAGAAAUACUGCAACCCCGAGACCCUGUGCGCGUGUCUCCCACGGAAGCAUCUCCGGUCACCAAUGUGGGCCGCGUUGGUCGACAUGUCGCUGUCGAGACGCCAUUCACCUGUGACUACGGCUACAACAUCUCGAUUGGCCACCACGUCGUAAUUGGAAGGAACUGCACCAUCAACGAUGUCUGCGAGGUCAAAAUAGGAGACAACUGUGUCAUCGGACCCAACGUCAGCAUAUUUACAGCCUCAUUGCCCAUUGACCCCAAGAAGCGUCUGGGCGGCCAGGGACCCCAAUUUGGACGUGGAAUCACCAUCGAGCAAGAUUGCUGGAUCGGUGGCGGCGCCAUUAUUUUACCCGGUCGAACCAUUGGGAAAGGAAGCACCGUCGGGGCUGGAUCCAUUGUCACAAAGGAUGUCCCGCCCUUUACGGUCGUUGCUGGCAACCCGGCUCGUGUACUACGAGGAAUAGGAAUAGCACCAUAG